AUGUCACAGAGGUUCAGCACGGACGAUGUUGCGGCGCACAACACGCCCGACUCACUAUGGAUCAUCAUCGAGCAAAAUGUCUACGAUGUGACUGAGUUUCAGAAGGAUCACCCAGGCGGAAAGAAAAUCCUUCAGAAAUUCGCGGGCAAGGACGUGUCCAAGCAAUUUCGAAAAUUCCACACUGAGGCCUCGAGCAUCCUGCUCGACUACAAAGACGAUUUGCAGCUUGGCAGCCUCGACGUUGAGGAGAAAACUGAGCUGCCGCCGACGGUGCAGACGGUGCCGGAAAUAGCACAGCCACUGACCGCCACGGCUUGA